GCCGCGUCCAUAAAGGGCGGCGCCGCCAACCCGGCGCAGUGCGCGGCGAGCAGCUGGCUGGGGCUGGCGCAUUGGUUGGCCGGCGGGAGUGUGCGGACCCGCACAAGAUGGCGGACGGAGACAACAAGAGCACCAACCAGCUGGCUGCAGAGACUGCCAGCUUGGAAGAGCAGUUACAAGGAUGGGGAGAAGUAAUUCUGGUAACUGACAAAAUCCUUCGUUGGGAAAAAGUGUGGUUUCCACUUGCAGUAAUGGGUACUGUUACCUUUGCUUUCCUGAUGAUCUACUACUUGGAUCCAUCUGUUCUUUCAGGCGUUUCUUGUUUUGUCAUGUUCCUCUGUCUGGCUGACUAUCUUGUUCCUGCUCUUGCUCCCAGAAUUUUUGGCUCUAACAAAUGGACCACUGAACAGCAGCAAAGAUUCCAUGAAAUUUGCAGCAACUUGGUAAAAACACGUCGCAGAGUUGUUGGCUGGUGGAAACGGCUCUUCACGCUGAAGGAAGAAAAACCUAAAAUGUACUUCAUGACUAUGCUUUGUUCUCUUGCUGUGGUUGCUUGGGUAGGGCAGCAAGUUCACAAUCUCUUCCUCACCUACCUUGUUGUGAGUGUUUUGUUGCUGUUUCCUGGAUUAAACCAACAUGGAAUCAUUACAAAAUAUGUUGGAAUGGCAAAAAGGGAGAUAAACAAACUUCUCAAGCAAAAGGAAAAGAAAAAUGAAUGAAGCCUUGCUUGCUACUUCCACAGCAUAAGGUCUCCUGGGGAACAGCUUCUAGAAUGCUUAUGUAUAUUUCAGAUAUAUUAGAAUAAGUUGUUCUGUUUAUUGGCUUUAAAUUUAAAAUUGGCUCCCUGUUCAGCAGAAAUAUCACUCUUGCAACAGCUGUGGGUUUGUCUCACUCCCGCACUGUUGGUCACACAUCACCUAUAGUCUCCUAAUGAUCGUAUAGGGGGAAAUGGCCAUCCUGUACCUGAGGAGCUGCCCUGAACUUACUCAACAUCUACACCAAGUAAGACGUCCCUCUAUCAGAUACUGAAGAAAAACAAGAAAUGGCAGUAUUGUAAUACAAGUAGCAUCCUUAUAAAGAAGUUAGUUUUGACCUGCUGGCAUAGCAAGUACUGUUUAAGUAUGUGCUUAAAGAACUGAUUCUGUUGGUGUGGAGAUUUUUGUUACUACUAAUUGUGGUGAGAAGAGAACAAUUAACAUUCUUCAUUCCUGUUCAGGUCUUUCUGUGGCUAUUUUCACAGACAUGAGCUGAAGAUGAUUCCAUGGCCUUGCUAAAGUUUUCGUACUUAAUUUCUGUUCAGCUUAGUUGCAUAGACCUAGAUUAUUUCUGCCAAAUUGGGCUCCAGAAGACUUAAAUUUGAGCUUAGUCAUUAGUUGUAUAACAUUCAAUCAUUGCACUGACACUGUAGCGACUGAGUUAGGGGGGUGCGCUCUUAACAGUCAGUUGUUCUGAAAACUGCUGUAGUUGUGGAACCAUGUCUGGUUUUAUCAAUGUUUUUCUAGAUACAGAAUCACUUUGGAGGUAUCAGAUUUGUUUGUCUUGUAAAUAUGCCUGUCUCCUAAAUUACUUGUGCUUUAAUGGUAAACUCUUGUUCUAAAAACUGCUUUUUCUUUUUAGUAAAGCAAAAAGCUGAUAUGUAUUAAUGCAUAAUGGUGUUUUAAAAGUUGAGUAUUUGUUUUAAAAUAAGUUUUCUUCCAUGUCUCUCUUAAUUGUAAAACAGAUAAAUAUAGACUUCAUGUUCUUUGAA